AUGUGGCUCCUACUGAUGUUGCUGGUGAAGAAGAUAGAGACUCUGAGCUGCCCUGCGAGUGCUGCUUUCUUUGUUCCUCAUGAGUGGUACCAGCCUGGGGAACUCGUCAUUGGUGGGAUGGCCUCUCACAUCAUUUACAAUUUCUAUGAAAUGAAUUUUACGGAAAAUCAUUAUAAGGGUCCUAAUGACUUACCAAUCACUGCAGUAACUAAGUUCUACCAGAACAUCCUUACCUUGGCUUUUGCUGUGAAGGAGAUCAAUGAGGACUCCCAGAUCUUACCUAAUGUCACUCUUGGGUUCCACAUCUAUGACAGUUAUCACAAUUCAAGGAUGAUGUAUCGCACCACUCUGGACCUGCUUUUCAAAUCCCAGGAAUUUGUCCCCAACUACAAAUGUGAUAGCCAGAAGAAUCUCAUGGCUAUUAUUGGAGGAUUGGGUUUCGAUACAUCAUUUUAUAUAGCUGAAAUUACAAGUUUCUUCAAGAUUCCACAACUGACAUACGGCUCGUUAGCCCAAGAUUCAUUUCAGACCAGUAAGCUCUCUUCACUUUAUUUCAUGGUCCCCAAAGAGGACCAUCAGUACACUGGGAUUAUCCAACUGCUUCAUCAUUUCAGAUGGACUUGGAUUGGGAUUUUUGUGGUUGAUAACAACAACGGAGAAAAUUUCUUACAGAAAAUGCAGCCCUUGCUUUCAGAGAAUGGAAUCUGCUCAUCGUUUAUAGAAAGGGUUUCAGAACAAAUAUACUUGAAAGACUACCUGAAAAUUUUUGAUGCACUCGGACAUAUUUCCAUUCAUUUGAUCAGCAGCAAAGCCAAGGCAAUUCUGGUCUAUGGAGAAUCAUUGGCAAUUAUGUGGUUGAGAGUUCUCAUGUUUCUGGUAGAUCCUGAAAGCAAGGACACUGCAUUAUUAAGAAAGGUGUGGAUCAUGACUGCACAGAUCGAUUUUCUACUAUCAGGUAUUCAAAUCUCGUGGGAUCUCCAGAUGUUCCAUGGGGCUCUUUCCUUUAGUGUUCAUUCAACAGCAGUUGCAGGUUUCAAGGAAUUUCUUCAGGACGUAAAUCCUCUUCCAGACAGCAGAGAUGGGUUUCUGCACAAUGUUUGGGAACAAUCAUUUGAUUGUUCAUUUCCAAAACCAGAGUUACAAGAAACACAAAGUAGGCAGUGCACUGGAGAGAUGAAGCUGGAGGAUCUUCCUGGGGCUGUCUUUGAAAUGGAAAUGACUGGGCACAGCUACAGCGUCUACAAUGCUGUUUAUGCUGUGGCUCAUGCUUUGCAGGCUCUACACAAGUUGGGUUUCAAUAGGAAGACAACUAGGAUGGAUAAAAAAUCUGACCUUCCACAUCUGCAGGCUUGGCAGGUUGCUCCACUUUUUCAAUGCAAUGACCCUUGUUUCCCUGGAUCCUGGAAGAAAGGAAUUGAGGGAAGUCAAUUCUGCUGCUAUGACUGUAUUCCAUGCCCAGAAGGGAAGAUUUCAGAUCAAAAUGAUAUGGAUGACUGUUUUGAAUGUUCAGAAGGUCAUUAUCCAAAUAAGGAAAAGAAAGGAUGUAUCCUAAAAAUGGUGGUGUUUCUAACCUUUGAAGAAACUUUAGGAAUUGGUUUAUCCUCAACAGCUCUUUGUUUCUUCUUCUUGACAUCUUGGGUACUUGGAACUUUUAUUAAGCACAGGGAUACUCCCAUUGUCAAAGCCAACAACCGGUCCCUCACCUACACCCUGCUUGUCUCUCUUCUGCUCUGUUUUCUCUCCUCUUUGCUCUUCCUCAGCCAGCCUGGCAAAGUGACCUGCCUUCUCCGACAAUCAAUGUUUGGUGUCACUUUCUCUGUGGCCAUUUCUAGUGUUCUGGCUAAAACCAUCACUGUGGUUGUGGCUUUCAUGGCCACUAAACCAGGAUCUCAGAUGAGGAGAUGGGUGGGGAAAAGAUUGGCUUUUUGUACUGUCCUUUUUUGCUCUCUCUUCCAGGUAUGUAUAUGUAUUCUUUGGUUGUCAACAUUUCCCCCAUUCCCUGAGUUGGACAUGCAUUCAGAGUUCCAGGAAAUGAUUUUACAAUGCAAUGAGGGGUCAGCUUUCUUCUUCUACUACUGUGUCUUGGGCUACAUGGGUAUCUUGGCCAUUGCCAGCUUUAUUGUAGCUUUUCUUGCCCGUAAAUUACCUGACAGCUUUAACGAAGCCAAGUUCAUCACCUUCAGCAUGUUGGCCUUUUGCAGUGUGUGGAUCUCCUUCUUUCCAGCCUAUCUGAGCACAAAAGGCAAAGCCAUGGUAGCUGUGGAGGUCUUCUCCAUCUUGUCCUCCAGUGCUGCAUUACUGGGAUGCAUAUUCCUUCCAAAAUGCCACAUCAUUGUUUUGCGGCCUGACCUCAACUGCAGGGAACAACUCACAAAGAGAAAUUAG